AUGGCGUCAGGCUCACAACUCGUUGAAACUGUUCUCUUUACCAACCCCAAUCUUGCACGCGAUAACGCCGACCCUACCAACUGGACAUGGGAUGAUAAUGACCGCCAAACAUGGGAGAAACUUAAAAAACAGUCCUCUUUGCAACAGUUUGCAGAUAAGUGGCGCGAAUUUGAAGGCCUCGAUGAGGACCUCUCUGAAACAUUCAUAAAUGACAUCGCUCUACCGGUAACUAAUGACCAUAGUCUCAUGGUUCGGAAAUGUUAUCUGGUGGCCGAAAAGGUGACAUGGGAACGUGCCCAAAGACAGCCUAAGACAGGAGUGAUUCUCACAGGCCAACCCGGGAUUGGCAAAACAGUUUUUUUGUGGUACCUACUACUACGUCUUUUACGGAUGAAACAAGUGGUAUUGCUUCGUGCGAGCCAUCAAGAUAUUCUCUUCUAUCAUGAUGGCGUCUACGGUACCACGGCCAAUACAAGAGCCCGUCAUCUUCCCACCCCUUCUGAUAAUACCUUCAUUUGGUCUCUAUUCGACCUUCAUCCAUUCGAGGAAUUGCCAGAUCUCACACUUGACCCCCGAUGUUUCCUCGUGCAAUGUCCAUCGCCAAACAAGGCCAUUUAUUCGUGGCGUAAGGCGCGGCGCCCCCUUUACACCGUGUUCCCGUUAUGGACUGUUGAGGAGCUCAAACUUGCUGCGAGGCAUUCUCCCGACUUCAAAAAGUUCGAAACAAAUUUAGAACAAGAGAUACCAGUCGAGAAAUGGAAUGAUGCACAGUUUUUGUCAACAAUCCACAACCCUGGUCUCAUUAAAUUUCACAAGGAAUUGUCCCCGGAAGUGCAGCCUGAAUUGUCCCCGAAAGUGCAGCCUGAAUUGUUCGAAGAGGUUUUCGGCAUCGUAUUGGAUGGCCUUAUUUCGCGCUUCGGACUCGUUCCCCGAGAAGUCUUUGACGCUAUGUUUAAUAAUUUUCACGAAGUGGCGAAAGCCCACGACAGCGCACUGAAUCUGUCCUUCGAUGAUUUGGAGAAGGCUGUGGACGACUUGAAUCGUCCUGAACCAUCCGCGGACGUGAGAGGCCCCUCGCAUCGCCUCAUCUCCAUCAACAAUGUCGGCACUUUUGAAGAUUACCAGUUGGAAAUUGACUUUUUAUCACCAGCCAUUGCUGAGAAGUUCUACAAGAGAUGGCUGGAUGCGUCACACGUCAAAGCAGGCUCAACAAUCAAGCAUUUCCUAGCCUUACCCGAAACAAGAGGCCUUGUAGGCUCACUUUUCGAGCCUUUUGCUCACCGUAUUCUUGUCAAUGCAGACGAAACCGAUGGGACAUGGGGCCUCAAAAUGAUGCACAGUCGCGAUGACUCCAAUGUGUUUACCCUCCUUGACCCAGAGUCAUCUGAAACUAUAUCCGGUUUCCCGAAAAUCAAGCGGAAACUAGUUUCCUUCCGCUCCAAGGACUUGCCACCUCUCUAUGAAAACGUGUACUACAUCCCAACCUUGACCAAUCAUCCCCUGUUCGAUGCCUUCCUCCUGAGUUUUUCUCCCUCCGGCCUGACUCAACGCCUCUGGCUACUCCAGAUGACGACUUCCAAGUUACAUAGAGGGUCACAUAUGGGCUAUGCUGUCAUAAACGAAAUUAUUGCUCAAAUCAAUCAGCAACAUGAACCUCGCCUGUCAGCCAAGGGGGAGGGGAAGCGGAGGGCAGAUGAACCAUCACCAGUCGAGGUAGACUUUGUCCUCGUCCGUCCCACUGGCGAGGAGGAACAUAGAUGGGUUCUUCCAGAGGGUUUGGACCAGUUGGAGGAUGUCAACGUAUAUGUCUUGGAGUUGCCUCUGGAGCACGCCAUUGAUUCACCAACUACGAGAUCAAUGCAAUCAUCAAAGAAAGCCAAGUUGUCAACACCUGGUCGGAGAACGAAGGCAUCAACAUCUGGUCGGAAAACGAAGGCAUCAACAUCUGGUCAACAAACGAUGGCGUCAACGUCUGGCCAAAGGAGGUCAACGAGGUUGAACAAACAAUAA